AAAUAUGAGACUAGAGUGAGCUAAAAAGAGUGAUUGAUUUCUUUCUACAAACAAACAAGCAAAAUUGAGACCAAAUCGGAUCACUGAGAUUUCCGUUACAAAUUCUCCAUCAUCUUCCUCCUCUUCUUCUUCUUCUUCUGUUCAACCAAACCCUAGAAAAGUGAAAACCCUUCCAUUGCAAUCCCAUGAAUUUCCCCAGCGACAAGGUCGUCAAAGGGGAAUGCGUCAACUGCCGCCGGAAGGACCGGUGGCUUCUCCACCGCAUCCUCCUCCGCGGCGCCGAUCGCCGCGUCUGCACCUCCUGCGUCCUCCGCCUCCACCCUUCCUCAUUCUGCCCCUACUGCUUCGAAUUCUUCGACCACCCUCUCUCCGCCACCUCCUCCGCCGCCGCGCACCGAUUCAUCUCCUGUGUCAAGUGCUCCUCCCUCACCCACCUCCGCUGCCUCCCUUCUCCGCCCCCUCCUCCUACCCCCUUCCUCUGCCCUCCCUGCUCCAAGCCCAACUUCACCUUCUUCCCUGUCCCUGAAUCCCCUAUUGACAAAAACCUCGCCCGCGUCCUCCUCUGCGCUUCCAAGAUCGCUGCAGCUUCCAUGGCCAAGACGCUCUUCAUCGCCACUAGCAGGGCUGACAGGGCCGUCAAGGAGUCCACGGCGGCGCGGAAGAGGGUCAAGGAGGCGUUGGAUCACUACUGCGAGGUUCAGAAGCUUAGGCAGCUUGAGGAGGUUUCCAUUGAGGUUUCUGGGUCGAGGGAUUUUGAACUGGAUCACAAGGUUGAGUGUAAACAUGAGAACUUUGAUGGUUUCAAUGGAGAGCAGGCUAAGGUUAAGGUUCUUCCUUCUGAGGUUUUGUCUUUGCAGCAGCAGCAGCAGCACAAAAAUGGGGCUAGUGGGAAUGCUGUUAUCGUGAAGGAUGAGAUUGUUGACAUUGUUGGUGAUGAUGAUGGAAGAUUAGGGAAGUGUGAACAAGAUUUGGAACGAGUAAGAGGUUGUCAUGGCAGGAUAUUUGAUCAUGUUACUUCUACAACAUGAACUCUUGAUACUGUGGAAACAAUUCAGAUUAACCAAGAUGGACAAGGCUAGUGGUUUCCAGAGUUAGUAGUACUGUGGAAUUCUGAGUAAGAGAACAAAUUUGUCUGACCUGUUUGGGGAUGUUUUUCUCAGAUUUCAUAUUACAUUCCAUUGUAAAGCUUCCAUACUGAUGUGAUUAUGCAAUUCAAUUGUAUUUCAAGUGCUUGGCUGUAACUAUGUUAUGCACAUUGUUAUUGUUUUUUCUAUUAGAGUA